AUGGCACGACUCAACACGACGAAUCCGCUGAAUACGGCUAUUCAGCGGAAGAAAAGCUUGAAAGAGAGAAAGGAGCCAUUCCAGACCCGCGAUUCCACCGAGCAAUACACCAACACCAGGUCCUCCACCGGGAGCGGCACCAGCGCACUUUCCAGAGCGUCAUCGCAACGGCACAGCCGAGGAUCAAGCGCUGUAUUUGACAUUUUUUCUGAUGACAGCUCCAUCCCGGAGAGCAGAAAUAGUCCCGGAAAGCAAAAGAAGACCAGGACCCUCAAAGCUGCGAAUGUCAACUCCCUCCUCCUCCCGAUCAGUCAGACCCCACGGCAGAGGCCCAUUGUCAAAUUGGAAACGGACGACUUUGAGAAAGAGAACGAUAUUAUGGAAGAUACACCAGAGCGCCACACAGCAACAAGGGAGGCCCCGCGGCAGAUCUCUCCGACAAGACGAAACAUGGCGCGAACUCCAAGAAGAGGCCGUGCAGACAGUAUGCCCCGUGCGGACAACACGCCUUUGAGCCCCCAGAGCCCAGAAUCAGAGACAGAGGACGAGUGUGAGGACAAUAGCUUUAACUCACUAGAUGACUUCGUUGUCAGUGACAAUGAAGAUCUCAGCUUCCAUGAGACAUCAGAUUCCGAGACAGAGGAUGAAAAGCUCCCAUCGCCGCCUCCACCCCCAAAAUCAACCCGAAAGAGAUUGAUGAGAGGAAGACGACCAGAUGCCGAUACCGACAAACAGCCUCUGAAGAAUACAUCGCUGAAAGCACCCCUUCGCCUGCAGUCCAAAAUCCCCGAAACACGAAGACUAUCUUCAUCAAGUGAAGAUAGCCCCAAACACGUGUCUCAGGAAGACCUCAACCUCUCUACAAAGCUUAGAGCGAUGGAUCUAAAUGGCGACAAUGAGCCAACUUCUCAGCUGGAAACAAAGUCCACACGCUCUAUAAUAGAGCUGGACUGUUCACCAAAAGUAUUACGACCAGCAAGAAAGAAGCUGGAAACACCCCCAUCAAGCCCCAAACAAACCCGCUUGCGAUCUCCAACAAAAAGCAAGAUUCGAAUUCCAGCCACUCCUCACCGCGAGAGUGUUGAUGCAUUCUGGAGCCAAGAGGAAACAAAUAACUGGAAUGAUCAGUAUUCGCCCCGCAAGGAAAAGACCUCCAGUCGCACUGUGAUUGAACUGCUACAAGACUUUGACGAUUCCGACGAGGACGAGGAUAGAAGCCGUGGAUCUAGCUCCAGCAGUGAUAUCGAAGUUAUCCCUAAGAUGGAUGCGAGGAUACUGACGACACCAAAGCCGCUUAGCAAGACAGCCAUCAAAAAGGCAGAAGCAGAAAAAAACCGCGCAGCUAAAGCUCGACGGCUCUCAUUCAACAACAAGAAGGCUGAGUUUGCACAGACCUUCUUCAAUGUUCUGGACCAAGCUGCAUCUGGAGGCGAGGUUAGCAGGCUUGCAAAGCCCACUGGCGGAGUCAAAAUCACUUGGUCAAAAACCCUGAAUACAACCGCUGGGCGAGCUCAUUGGAGAGGUGAACGAGUUGUUUCGCAUGGACCAAAUGGCGAGACAAGGGGCUUUAGCAAGAUCCGGCACCAUGCGACGAUCGAGCUGGCCGAGAAGAUUAUUGAUGACGAAUACCGGCUCAUCAACACUCUCGCUCAUGAGUACUGCCAUCUCGCCAACUAUAUGGUUUCCAAUGUACACGACAACCCCCACGGCGCCAGUUUCAAGAAUUGGGGACAAAAGUGUGCUGAAGUCAUGAAGGAUCACCCAGUCUACGGCGGACAGAUCCACGUAACGACAAAGCACACCUACCAGAUUGACUACAAGUACGUGUGGAAUUGUAUGUCCUGCGGCCAGGAAUAUUGCCGCCACUCGAAGAGUAUCGACACGGAACGCUCUCGCUGCGGUGCUUGCCGAGGUGUGUUGCAGCAGAUCAAGCCCAAGCCGCGCAACGUAUCGCCCAAGAAGAGCACGGCAACGCCAGGCCAGAGGAAGAUCUUGGAGGAUGUGACGAGGAAUCUUGACGAUCUUGUUUUUUGA